AUGCGCGCUGCCGAAGCAGUGAUACUGUACGACGCAAAAGUUUGGGCCGAGGCGCUGCGACACGAAAAAUAUCGCAAGCGCAUAGUUGCGGUACAGAGAAGGAGCACUCUCCGAAUCGCGUGCUCCUACCGCACGGUCUUUGAGCCCGUAGUGCCAGUGGUCGCGGUGGUAAUCCCGAUCGACCUACAAGCCAAGGAGAGCCAAUUCGUCCAACAACAGAAGGCCGUUUUGGGGAAGGAGGAGGCAUCAAGGAUAGCUAGAUCUACCAGCAUCGAGGCCGGGAAAAGCAGAUGGGAACAGAAACCUAGGGGCAGAUGGACUGCCAGACUCAUCAGUCGAAUAGACAACUGGAUAAACCGGGAGGAAAGAGAGGUCGACUUCUACCUCACCCAAUUCUGGACAGGGCAUGGCCUGUUCCUCUCCUACCUCGCAAAAAUGAGGAAGGUAGCAGAAGGAAACUGCCCCUAUGGAGACUCGACCAACGACGACGACCACCACACGUUCUUCAGAAGUUCCCGGUAUAGCAUUGAACGACAAGCCUUGGAGCAGGACCUCGGAGACAUAUCGCCAGACAAUGUUGUCGAGAAAAUGCUCCGAGUUCAGGAGGAGUGGAAGAAGGUGGCCUGA